GAAGUGACCCAUGACAUGACAGCUCAAUGUCAAAUCGGAUGUUUGUUUGUGAACAGUUUGUUUAGAAAAAAAUCAAAAUAACAUCAUGAAAUAACAUAAAAACUAAUAAAAAAACAUCAAAAACCCUGCACAAAAGCUGAAACAUACAACCAAAAUGUCAGACACCAGCAAUAAUCUUAGUUACAUGUGUUUGUUACCAACGGAACUUUUACUGAAUAUAUUUUACCACUUACCUGCUAAAGAUUUGUGGAAAGUCCGAGGUGUGUGUGCCAGAUGGUUGACAAUAAUUAACGAGAUAACUGAAUUAGACGACUUAUGGCGUACUUUCUGUAUAAGAGACUUUGGAGCUAAGUUCACACUGAAGGCGAGAAGUAAACAGAAAGCAGGAUUAAACUAUUUCCACCUUUACCGAUCUUUGUCGCUGUGGAAUCGGCUAUCAGAUGCUAAUGAAAGCAGGGACGAGUUUGCCGCAGCCUCCCGCAUGUAUGAAGAGAUAAGAAACUUCGUGAUUCUCGACAAAAAUGUACUAGGAGUCCAUAAAAAAGGUGCAGUAGUAUAUUAUGACAUGGAAACACUGAAGGAAGGGAAACGAGAAUCAAUCACUGGCGAUUAUUCAAGGUACAUAGAGAACGAUGUAGCUAUUGUCAUUCAGAGCUACCACUUAGAACUUUAUCUCAUUAAGAAAGCAAUAUUUGACAUAACUUUGGAUGAUAGUAACACUACAUUCAGUAACGGUAAACUUUUCUAUCUAACAGAUGAUACGUUAUACUUUGUUACCUUAGCGGAUGAGAUAUACAUGUGUAAUUACUAUAAACGGCAGUUAAAAGCGCACUAUAUCACUCGUUCUGAAGACGGUAUCAUGUCUCUUGGAUACACAAAUAAGCAGCUCAAUGUGUUAACUUUCCAUCGGAAGAUAUACACUAUAGUCAAUAACGAGAUGGUUUUCGUAUGCGCACUGGGACCAGACUCAAAUCUCUUGCACCAAUUAAAAGAGUACAACUUUUUAGAACAACUUGAUUGGAGAAUCUACUUCCAAUGGAUGUAUGUACUAAACCAUUCUAUACCUGACGAUGGUUUACUACGAGAUAUCAUAAUUAUAAGACCAUACGGAGAUGUAUACUUCGUUGGAUCAAAUUGGGGAGUUCUACGGAUCUACUACGCUCCUUAUGCAGACGGUGAAUUGGACAUAUUUCACACAGCCCCAGUCAAACAGUAUAAUUUCAUGGAACGAUCCGACUGUCCCGUUCUUUCUACGUGUCAGAUAUUACAAAUAGAUGUAUCGGAGAUUGAAGACGGACAUUUGGUGAUUGUUGCGAUGCCGAAGAAGAUUGCUACGUUGAAGUUUACGCAUACAUUCAAUAGUGGACCUGAAUUAGCCCUCGUGCCUUACCGCAUACCGCAAAUCAAAUUAUAGGAGAUUUUGUAAGGGUAUUUCUUUAUUUAUUUAAUAUUUAAGUAAUGGAUGAUACCACAUAAUUAUAAUAUUAUGACUAGUAUGAUUCAUCAUCAUAUCUACCCUAAUAUUUGAGGGGAUAAAAUAAUUUAUUGACUUCUUCCGCCUUAGGCGAGGUGAGAAGGAAUGUCAGACUCUUACUGAUUAAAAACCACCCCAGUCCUGCUCCUGAUUUUCGAGCUAGUUAGCUAGGUAGUCCACAGCUCCGGAUCAGGCAUCAGUCCUACUGGGCCCCAUCUGUGGUGGUCUGAUGGCUCUUUGAGGCGCGCGCGGAAGGCAACACGCCUAACGCACGGGUCAUGAAUGUUUUAAUGUCUGUCUGGUGGAUUAAUUUUGUAAAUAUUAGUCACGUAUUUUUUCUUUUGUUAUAAUUUAUUUUCCACGAUUUUAUUACAUGUCGUCUGCCGUCUUGAUUUACAAAAUUUUAUAGAAUACCGUGAUGUAGCGAGCUCCCACUACUAAACUUAAAUUUGUUUUAUCUGAUUAUUGUAACCUUAUAAUAUGAUAAAAUGCUUGUCUAAAAUUUUUUAAUUGUCUAACUGACGGACUAAACAGUUUUUUAAUUUUCAUACUCUAUCAACUACCCUUUUUUAAUCAGGUACUUUGUUAUGCUACUCCGGGGUUGGUCUAGUAAGAGGAUCCUGUGCCUCUGUUAGGUGCAGAUGGUGACUACUAGGGUACGUUUUAAUGAGGUAAAAGACCAUCCUACACUACCUAAUUUUUCCCAAAAAGCUAGGCGCCUUUUGAAGGGUUCCCCCGUCAAUUAGAAACUUAUUCUUAAAAUAUCAUCACUACGUAGUAUAAAACAAAGUCGCUUUCUCUGUCCCUAUGUCCCUUUGUAUGCUUAAAUCUUUAAAACUACGCGACGGAUUUUGAUGUGGUUUUUUUAAUAGAUAGCGUGAUUCAAGAGGAAGGUUUAUAUGUAUAAUACAUGCAUAAUAUAUAUCACCAUUGCACCCAUGCGAAGCUGAGGCGGGUAGUUGACAGAUAAUUAUGUAUGUGGUAUCAUUCAUUACUUACUUACUACUUAAUGCAAAUUUUUAUACCUACUGUUGCUUUGUAAGCUUAAUAAGCUAAUUUGUACCUUGCACUGAGGCUCAGCAAACUCCUGUAUGCCAGUAACCUUGGUAUGAGUUAACUUUAGUUUGGUAGAGGUACUCUACUUGUAGGUACCAAGCGUACACUAUUCAUAGUACGAGUUUGCUUUACGUUAAACGAAAACGAAACGAAUGCGUGUUCGGUGUUCUGAUUGGCUGGCACGAGUGAACCAACCAAUCAGAACUCCGAAUGCGCUCUUGUUGAACGUAAAGCUAACUCAUACUAAGGGUACUGAUUGGUUGAUUUAUUCGAGCCGGCCAAUCAGAACGCCGAACGCUCGUACUAAGGGUACUGUACUUCACUAUAAUAUAAUAGAAAAAGAUGACAUAGAAAUCUCACUUUUCGUAAACUAACUAACUAUGAAAUAUACAAACAUUCAUACAUUAUCACGCUUUUUAUUUCUCAAAGAGAAAGGUAGUAGUCUUGAUUUUCAUGUUAUACGCGGUCAAUAUUUAAGCUUCGUUUUACUUGAUUGACUCAGGAAUCGAACCUAAUACGAGUUGCUUGGUAGUUACGGUUGCUAGCACAGUAUGAGCCAUAGGUACCAGGUUUAGUGUUAUUUUUGAUAAUUUUUCUGACUCGGGAAUCGAACCCAAGACGUGUUAUUCGGCAGAUACGUUUACUAUCACAGUAUAAGCAAUAAGUAGUUACCAGGUUUCGGGUUAUUAUUGAGGAUUUGUGUGACUCAGGAAUCGAACCCGAGACGUUUUGCUCAGUAGUUACGCUUGCUACUACAGAAUGAGCUAUAGGUACCAGGUUUCGUGUUAUUAUUGAGAAUUUUCUGUCUUGGGAAUUGAACCCGAGACGUUUUGUUCGAUAGUUACGGUUGCUACCACAGUAUAAACAAUAGGUAUCAGGUUUCGUGUCCUUACUGAUAUUUUUCUGACUCAGCAAUCGAACCUGAUACGUGUUGCUCGACAGUUACGCUUGCUACCACAGUAUGAGAAUAUUUCUGACUCGGGAAUCGAACCUGAGACGGUUUGUUCGGCAGCUAGGCUUGUUACUACUCGUUUAACAAAUUGAGAUUGGUUUUAUAUUCCGUACUCUGAAUGCUAUUGUAACAGCUACGAUUGUGGUGGUAUAGUUUUGAAUAAUUAUUGUGAAUUUGUUGGAUUGAAAUUGUAGACAUUGAGAUUGGUUUCAAGAAAGCCUUUGGAGCCCCGGUAACCUUUUACGUUGUCCGCAGCUCCGGAUCGGGCAUCAGCCCUACUGGGUCCCAUCUGUACAACUCUACCUUAUAGCUUAGUAUCAGUGGAAACGGUCACAUAGUUUCGUAGCAUAGCUACAUAGCACGUUUCCGGUGGCAUAGCGCCCUUAGUUAUAGGGGUGAAUGGAAGAAGGCAUAUUGUGACAAUCACUUAGAAUGAGGGUAGGUUAUAACGAUUUUUUCACCUCUUUCGGGGGAAUAGAAAGCGUGAUGAUAAUUGCAUGUCAUUAAAAUAUCUAAUUUAUGUACCUUUUGACCGACAAAUACCUACUGGGUUUUCUUGCUUCAUUUAAACAUUAUAAUUUAAGAAUAUAUUCAUACAAUAUUGGACUAUAUAACCUAUUAAUUAUUAUGUUAUCGGCUUACUCACGUAACUGUUUGACGAGGAAAGGUACGUCCACAUGUCCUCAUCGUACGCAUCGCACGUAACGGUUUUAGUUUGUCUUGUAUAGAAACUCAUACAACUGCGUCUACUGAUCCACAUCGUACGGACCGCAUCAUCGGCAAUGCCUACUCGCGAUGUGUACCGAUGACGUCAUACGGAAUGCCGAUGCCAAAAAUCCGAGUGACAGUGACAUCGGUCAUCCGAUUGCUCCAAUACUCGCGUCAGCAAUCCGAACAGUGGACGCAGAUAAUUCGUCCGAUGCGUGCGAUGCGUACGAUGCGGGCCUGUGGACGCUUACCAGAACUUGACUAGUUUCAGACUAUGUUAGAGGCUCGUAGCAGCGCGACAGUCGUCGCGUCGCGUCGUGUGUCGCGGAAUGCUACUCAUGAAUAUGAGCCUCUAGCAUGGCUUGAAACUAGUCGAGUUCCUCGUCAAAACGUUACGUGAGUAAGCCGAUAACAUAAUAAUUAAUUUAGUAUGCCUCACGAAAGUUAUACUAAAAACUAAAAACCUAUAUCAUACAGCGAAUGCUAUCCCUGUUUCUUGCUUUAUUUUAAAACUAAGGUAAGAAUAUAUUCAUGCAAUUUUGAACUCUGUUACCUAUGUCAUAAAGCGAAUGCUAACCCUUAUGCCUUUGUGAAUGUAAAAGUUUAACCGCCGUACUCAGAAUCAUUUUCGUUUUCCAAUGUGUCAAAUGUGUCUGAGUACGGUAGUUAGUUUUUUAAUAUCAUUAGUAUUAAGUUUGCUGUGAUUUAAAAAAAUGUACAAAUAUUUUUAAUUGUAAAUUUUUAUAUAGGUUUAAAGAUUGGCAGAUAACUUGGCAAGAUCUUGUUAUAAUUUUUUUCAAAAAAAAUAUUAACUAAAUAUACGCGGACGCGGACGUUCAAUAGUCAGCGCAACGUCGUCGCCGCAUCUGCGCACGAUGCUUGUGAGGAUCAAUCCCUGUGCGAUUGGCGGAACUUUAUAUUAGUUAAAAAAAAAUGCCAAGUUACGUGCCGAAGACCGUAUGUCAGCUAAAUCAGCUAUUUUAUUAAAUGCCUAGCCUGUUUAUUAAAA